AUGGUCGAUCAUUUUAUUGCACUUCUCGAUCAUUUACAUCUGGACAAAGUUAUCGUUGUCGGACACGACUGGGGUACGGCACCAGCCAAUCGAUUCGUUUUAUAUCAUCCUGAACGAACAUUGGGUCUUGUUCUCAUCAGUGGUGGCUAUCGACCACCCGCCGAAUUCAAUCUUGAUCAAGCAUUGGAAGUUGCGAAGAAAGUAUUGGGCUACGAAAAUAUUGGCUAUUUUAAAUUCUUUGAAUCGGAUGAUGCCGCAACGAUUAUUGAAAAUAAUGCAGAUAGUUUUAUCGAUCUUGUCUAUGCCAGUGAUCCGACAUUGUGGAAAACCGAUUUUGCUCCGGUCGGAAAAUUUCGCGAAUGGCUAACGAAAGGAAGAAAAACGACUCGAGCUUCGUUUAUGACUGAAGAUGAUUACAAAAAUCUUCGUCAACAUCUUCUUGAAGGAAUGCAGCCAAAACUAAAUUGGUACAAAGCAGCCAUCGAAAACAUCAAUCGGAAGGAUGAGAAAAAUCUCGAUUCGACAAUAAAAUGUCCGGUGCUCUUCUUUGGUGGAAUGAAAGAUGCGAUAUGUCUGCCCAUGCUAUAUGCCAAUCAAAAACAAUAUAUAGCCAAUUUGGAAACGGUCGAAAUUGACGCAGGCCAUUGGAUAAUGGAAGAAAAACCGGAUGAAAUUAAUCGAUCAAUAGAACAAUGGAUUAAACGGAUCGUUUAA